AGUUUUUCCAUUCAGUUCGUGAGGCGCUGGCUGAGCAAAAACGUCAUGUUCACGGAUGUUUCAUCAGUUUUCGGCUAGCUACGUGAAACGUGCGCAAAACCCAAAUCGAAACUUGAGCCAUUAUAGUAAAAAGUGCUAAACACUAAAAAAACCUUAAUGGUAAUUCCACUCUUUUUAAGCUGAAAGGGAAGAAAAAGUAUUCAAAGUGUGACAGCUGAUUGGCCAUAAAAAAGGAACCGGAAAUGAAUACAAUUCAUUAUUUUUGAGGCAAUAACGCCCUGCUAAAUCAAUAAACAAGCCGGAAAAACAAUAAAUUCGUAAUACCACAAAAACGUUUACAAACAAAUGAUGCGUAAAUCGAAUACAUUGAUAAAGUGUUUUAAAUCCUGCAAGGGAAAUAGAGUUUUUUAGUGAGCCUUUCAGCUGAUUGGUAAAACAAAUCAAAUAGGAAACGGCUGAGUUUUAUUAUUAUUCUGGCAAUCGCUCUCUGCUAAAUCAAUAAAUAGAAAGGAAUUUAAUUCCAGCAUUCCUUGGUAUCCCCAAAACAGUAACGGACAUAAAUGUAAACGCAUUCAGAGUGUUGAAAAGCCCAAAAGGCCGGCCAGUGGUUCAAAAAGCCGGAGAACAGAAGCCAAGCCUCUGCUCUUAUCGUGUUGUUAUUGUCGAAACGGGGUCAAAAGUUCGUGUCUCACUCGCUAAUUCAACCACACAAAACACACACACUCGCACACCACCCAGAUAACGCUUCCUCAAGUGCAACCAAAGACACUGCGUCGCCCGUCUGGCAGAUAAGCAUGAAAAAAGCAUAAGAAAAGCAAAGGAAAAGCAAGAGAAAAGCAGACAAAGGCAUUAGACAAGUGCCAAGUAACUCAAAACUGCAGCCGGAGUGGAGGCUUAGGCCUACCGAAACACACGGAAAACCCAACCGAAAAACAACACCAAAUACUAGACCAAACUAAACUAGGCCAAUUCGCGGCGAGGCGGGGGUAAAAACGCCGAGGAAAAGUGCUCUGGAAAUGUAGAGAAGUAAAAUAAAAUAAAAAUAAAACAAUAGAAGCAGCUCCCUGGCCAUUUGUCAAUGACUGGGCCACUCGCGUGACUGCCGAUUCUUGGGGAAAGUGGAAUAACUGUAGCCGAAACAGACUCCGGAACAAGGACUACUCCGAAAAUUGGUGGCCACAUUUCGUGUACGACGGCAUAAAACAGAAGCGGCAAAUAGAAAAGCCAAACGGCGGCUAAGUUGCUUUUGUCUGCCUUCGGGGGAGGCGUUGGAGGCGGAGGAGGAGGAGGAGUUGGCCUGGCAAUUGGCCAAGUUAAUAGAGAGCCGGGGGGGCCGAUAAUGACGUUGCUGGAGCUGCUGCCGCCCAUGCUGAUGAUGAGGCUGCUAACUUGGUUAUUGCUACCAGCCUAGAGACACAGGACCAGAAACAGAGGCCAGUUACCCAGACCCUUCAGACCCUUCAAGCCCAGCGGACCCACCAACAGCCCCACCAGACAGACAACAAAAACAAAGUCUGAAGCUGCAGCGCGGGGCUUACUGCAUUUCCGCAUCUUGUUCCUGUCGCCGCCCGUCGCUGUCAUCGUUAUAGCCAUAUAGCCCCCGUCAUUGCCACAGCCGGAGUCACCAUGCCCAUGGCCCAUCCACUGCCGCUCUGCGUGGCCUGGCUGCUGCUCCUCGUCGUGAUUGUGAUGAGCGACAUGACAAAUGGCGGUGUGCAGGGACCCAUCGAGGGCUACAACUCGCUGGACGACCUGCUGACAACCACGCCGACUCCCGGCCAGGCGGCCCUGCUCCUGCCCACCGCGCCCACCGCCGCCUACACCCAUCCCAAGUGGAUGGAGCCCUACUUCGAUCCCUCGACGCCGCGCAAUGUCACCGCCCUCAUGGGCAAGUCCGCCUAUCUCAGCUGCCGUGUGCGCAAUUUGGCCAACAAAACGGUGUCCUGGAUUCGGCACCGCGACAUCCACAUACUGACGGUGGGCUCGUACACCUACACCUCCGACCAGCGGUUCCAGGCCACCCAUCACCAGGACACCGAGGACUGGACCCUGCAGAUAAAGUGGGCUCAGAAGCGGGACGCCGGGAUGUACGAGUGCCAGAUAUCUACGCAGCCGGUGCGCAGCUAUUUCGUACGCCUGAAUGUUGUGGUGCCAACGGCCACCAUCCUGGGAGGUCCUGACCUUCACGUUGAUAAAGGCAGCACCAUAAAUCUCACUUGCACUGUAAAGUUCAGCCCCGAACCGCCGGCCUACAUCUUUUGGUAUCACCACGAGGAGGUCAUUAAUUAUGAUUCAUCAAGAGGCGGCGUGUCGGUAAUUACCGAAAAGGGCGAUGUGACAACCUCAUUUCUGCUCAUACAGAAUGCAGAUCUGGCCGAUUCGGGCAAAUACUCCUGUGCGCCCUCCAAUGCAGAUGUGGCCAGUGUGCGUGUGCAUGUCCUAAAUGUUCGGGCCAUAAUUUCAGGUGAACAUCCGGAGGCAAUGCAAACCGGCUCUUCCGGUUGUCAGUACAAUUGGCUGACAAUCGUCCUGCUCCUGGGCCUCGUCCUUUGCUACAGUCAACAGUGCAGCUCCGGCGCAGUGGCAGCAUCAUUAACAUGGCCAUUACCAUUACCAUCACAAUUACCAUUACCGGCGGCAGCAGCAGCGGCAGCGGGAGAAAGUGCAUCAAGUGAAAGUGUGGCAGCCGCAGCGGCAGAAGCAGCAGCAGCCGCAACAACAACAACGAGAAAGCGGUGUCCUGCGGUCAAAAGUUGUCGCCAGGCCACCGGCCAUGUCCUGGCCAAAAGGUCCUGUCACAGAUGAUCAACUGAAGGCCACAGCAGCCCCAACUAAAUAGAGUAAUUUAAGGAGCCACAUGAAAUGUGUGCGAGUGAGUGUUCGACUAAGUAUCCACUGAGUGUGUGAAUGAUCGUUUGAGUGUCGGCUAUUCAGCCCUCUAAAAUGUCAGUUUUAAACUUGUACUCAAGAACAACAUUGUGGAACAAUGGCGCAGUGAUGAGUUUUAUUUCAACUAUUUAAUUACGUACUUAAAGGAAAAGCAAACUUCCCUUUCUUAUCUUAACAAUCGAUUUCAAUUGGUUUGGUAUUUAACAAAUAAUUAAUUGAGCUCUGUUUUAAAAACUUUAAGCC